UGCAGAGCAAGCCACACGCGUUUGAAAACGUAUCGCUGCGCACGGGGCAGGCUGUGAGGGGUCUCAGGAGUGACAGCAGCAUGGAUCAGGCUACAAGCGUUGGCUUCUCUGUGGAAACCCAUUUGAAGAGUCAGGAGACAUGAACAACUUCGCUGUGGUGCCAGAGACAAUUUAGUCUUUCCAUACUAGAUUUUAGCAAGAGCUCUGAAGGUUUACUUCACAACUGGAGAAUUCCUUUGAGAAUUUUACUUUCAUUAGCAAACCUCUUUGUGAUUUUUCUUUUUCUACAACUCUUGGAUAAUCACCCACUCUGUGGAGAUAACUACAGGAGACGUUGGCUCGGAAUUACGCACGGGAUUCCUCUAACAAAUGACAGCUUCUGAGUGGGUUAUUGCUCCCUCACUUGGUCCCCUCGGCUCCCUGUAUCGCACCGACACAGCGUCUCCCUCUCCUCGCCAGGUUGGGCGCGUGGAGUGAAAGCCCCUCUGUCUCUUUCAGUGCGCCAGCGGGCCACCUGGCCGAGGAUGUGGAGAGGAGGUUUCCCGAUGUCCGUCACCGCGAUUGUGACUCUACUCCUGGUUAUUAUCGACGUGAAAGCCAGUGGGGAGUAUUGCCACGGCUGGCACGACUCCCAGGGCGCGUGGAAAGAAGGCUUCCAGUGUCCGGAGAAGAUCGACGCGGAGGACGCUAUUAUCUGCUGCGGGAAAUGCGAGCUGCGCUACUGCUGCUCCAGCACGGAGGCACGGCUGGACCAAGGGAGCUGCGAUAACGACCGGCAGGCUAAGGAGCCCGGCGCAGAGAGCAAGGAGAACAAGGACUCCGGAGCAGUGCCCAUCUACGUGCCGUUCCUGAUCGUGGGCUCGGUGUUCGUAGCGUUCAUCCUGGUGGGCUCAGUGGUCGCCGUGUGCUGCUGCCGCUGCCUCCGCCCCAAACAGGAACUGUCAUCAGGAGGUGCGAUGGGAGGCGGUCCGGGCGGUGGCCGCCUCCUGGAAACCAUCCCGAUGAUGUCCAGCGUGGGGACCUCCAGGGGUUCAUCGUCCCGCCAGUCCAGUACAGCCACCUCUUCCAGCUCCUCUGCCCCGCCCACUGCCCCCCGCCCUGGUCCCCCGGUUCUCAUGCGGGCCCAGGCCUCCUGCUGCCUGCCCCCCGAUGCCAGCGUCUUCGUCAACAUGCCCACUAACUUCUCCGUACUCAACUGCCAGCAGGCCACGCAAAUCAUGCCUCACCAGGGACAGUUUCUUCACCCGCAGUAUAUCAGCUACGCCCACCCUGCCCAAACCUACCUGGACCCCACUCAGGGAGGAUACAGACCCCUCCAGUCCCCCUGCCCCCCUCCCAACGGUGGGUCCAGUAUCAUUGGUGACCAGAAAUACCCUGCAGUGACUGUAUGAUGAGGAGCCAACCUGCAGACCACUCUGCUACUUUUGUGAUGUUUAACCCGUGAGGGCUGCGCCCGAGACCUUUAGUGGACGCUGCCAAGUGGAAAAAGAAAGGCAGGGAGUCAGACUCACAUGAAGGACUCAUAAACCUGUUGCUGGCUGCAGGCCCUGCCUUGCUAUUGUGUGUGCUGUGUGUCUGUUAAGUGUGUCAUUUGAUCUCUUGGCGAGUUGGAAUGAGCUAAGCUCAACUUAUGAUGGAUGCAUAAACAAUUUUUGGUCUUGAUGCAGAGCCAAAACUGCAUAUAGGAGUGUUAUACAGCCCAAGAUGGCUGAUCCUGCACAGCUCCCUGCAGCUCAAAUAAAGACUGAAGGUGUUUGUGUUUGCAUGUAAGUGUAUGUGAGAGUGAGAAAAAGAUUUUUUGGCAUAUAUGCGCUGGCGUGAGUGAUGGAUGGAUGAUUUAUAGCAGUGAACUGUAUGAAAAGUAGAUAUUCAAGCAAAAAAAACAAAAAAAGACCACAUGCGGUUUAUGCCAUGUGCACAUCUGCACUUGUGAAUGGUUGUGAGUGGUUUAUACAGUACAGUUUAUGUUUAUUUGUGUCAAAAGUGUGAAGGAAGAAAGCAUGUGAAAAGAUGUUUGUACAGUAUUUGUGUGAGUUAGUGUGGAGGGAUGUGGUUGUGAGGAGCUGUGAGUGAACUGUGUGAUGGGAAAUGCAGGUGGUGUAAUGUGAAAGGCAGUCGCAAUCUCCCUCUAGACCAUUUAAACUGUAAUGAAGUGAACACAGGACAUGGACUGUGACGCUCCACCCUACCAUACAACCCCCCUCCUGCCACACAAAAAGAAAAAAAGAAGAAAAACAAUCCCCAACUGCCCUGAGCGGAAACACACAGAGCCCCAAACAUUUUAAAUAUUCAUGCCAGGCUGGCAGUUAAUGUACCUGAGAAGUGUGUGAGACGCAGUUGUCUGAAGAUUACCGAGUUAAUUAUACAGCGGAAACGGCCCCCUUCACCUCUCCCCGGUGAGAGGUGCAUGUGCGUGUUUUUAACACGGGCAGCUCCAGGGCAGCUUUCACUCAUUAAUUCACCAGUAAUGGCAGUUUGCUUGUUCAUCGGGAAAAAAUGAACAAUGCUUUUUUCCCAGUGUACUGCUGCGCAGCCGGGUCACUGGUGUCUCUGCAACAUGCGACUUGAGGAAUGUGCUGCUCCACUGAGCGUGCAGCCUGGGACGUUCCAAAAUACUGAAACUGGCCUGUUUGUGUGUACCUCGUCUGCAGGCCGAGCCCCAAUGUCUGGAAGAUACAAUAAGCAGCUUGCGUGUGACAAAAUAAUCUGUAAAAUGAUGUAUGAAAUUGGUCCAAUUUGAUACAGAAGUGACAUUUUUUCACAUGAUUUCUAAAAAAUAAACAACUUUUACACAGAAA